AUGGGGAUGGAGAUAUUUUCCUGGAAGCUCCUUCAUGGAGUAGUACCUGCUGAUGUAAAUAUCCAGGCCAAAGGGAUUUAUCUAUCCUCUCGGUGCAACUGCUGUAGCGAAUCUCCUAACAGGAUUCCGCAUCUGCAGGCCCUCUACGUUGCUGGAAGAUGGAACCAAUGGUGGCCGGCCCCAACCCAGGUUUGCAGCUCGAAAUCCAAUCGCAGGCUGGCCCCUUUGAUCAUUUUUUGGGAGAUUUGGAAAGCACGCAAUGCUUGUCAUUUCGAUGGCACCCCGGUCUUAGUCCCUGCCGCCAUAGGCCAAAUUUCUUGGUGGCUGUCCAGAAUCUCUAGUGCCCAGAGCAAGCUCCCAAACAAAGGUCUUUGCAGCAGCAGUGGUAACUAUUUUGCAGGUGGCCAGUCCAAACUGAGAGCCCAGAGGCACUGCAGAUUCCAAUUUGUGCGAUGGGUGGUACCGUCUUCGGGCUGGUUUAAGCUGAACAUAGAUGGCUCAUCUUGCGGGAACCCCGGGCUCUCAGGCGGAGGGGGGCUAUGCAGAAAUGAUAGCGGUGCUCUCAUCUUUGCUUUCUAUGUUGGAUAUGGUAUGGGUUCUAACAACAGAGCAGAAUUAAGAGCGGUUCGUGACAGUCUUUCUCUUUGUAGAUCCUUUGGGCUAAGUACGGUGGAGGUGGAAACAGAUUCAAAAUUGGUGGCAAAUAUGCUUAAUGGUAGAUCCCACCCAUCCUGGAUCUGGAACCCUUGGUUGAAAAGGAUAAAAAAUUUUAAGCGGUUGGGCACCUUUGUGUUUAUUGUUAUCCCAAGAGAGGGGAAUGCUCCAGCGGAUAGCUUGGCAUGCUCGGGCAGGGAUCUCUAG